AUGGCAGGCGACGCAACCGCUACUGGCGUUUCAUGGCUUCUGACCGUUUGGCAUGCCGUCCGUAUUCCCUUGCUACUCGCGCUUGCCGUCAUCGUUCUUGUUCGCUCCUAUGGCAAAUCGCUGCCCCGAUCGAAGACUCCGUCCUCCUCGUCCAUUCCGCCCUCACCUCGUCUGGAAAAGGCCGUCUGGCCUCAGGAUGACGGCGCGGAAAAGCAAACGGCCAGUAUUCCGGCGGUAGAUAUCGAGAAAGCCCCGUCGAGCAACACAGCCAAACCGAAAACUGCGGCUGCUGGCCCCAAAAGAGUGGUCGGCAAUCGACAGCUGAAAGAUGCAGCCAAGCGUCGAGGCGCGUCCGAUGACCUCGCGUCGCCGUCCUUCAUAAAACCCAUCAUCUUUUUCGCCUCGCUGACCGGCUCGACGGAGAGAUUUGCCAACUCACUCGUGGAGGAGCUGCGCGCCGCCGCCCAGGAACGGUCCAAGAGCGUCCAACGGGACCGCGGCCUGCUGCUUCCGGAGAUUUACGAUCUGUCGUACAUCGACUUCGAGGACUACUUUGUCUCCGCCCCCAAGCCGCCGCCCAACUCGCCGCAGACCCGCUACGUCUACUGUCUGCUGAUCCCGACCUACAACAUCGACUCCAUCAUCAACACCUUCCUCAGUCACCUCGACGAGACCCACCAUGACUUCCGCAUCGACACGGCGCCCUUGUCCGGCCUGGCGGGAUAUUCCGUGUUUGGAUUUGGCGACGGAGAGGGGUGGCCCACCGAAGAGGAAGGGUUCUGCUCCCAGGCAAAGGAGCUGGACCGAUGGAUGGCAAAACUCACCGGCAAAAAGCGAGCGUAUCCGCUGGGCCUCGGCGAUGUAAAGAGCAACGCUCAAGACGCGUUGAAAGAGUGGACGCGCGGAUUGCUGGACGUCUUGGAUGAGAUCGUCGAGACCGGAGGACUGGGAGAAGGCGUUCCAGGAAGCGGAGAUCCGCUGGAAAGCGACGAAGAAGACGUCGCGGAGGAUGGCGAGGACAAUGUGACGGGUCACAAAGAUAAGGCCGAGGCUGUGGUGGAUCUCGAAGACAUCAAGUUGAACGUGGACAGUGGCAUGUCAGAUACCAAAUCCAAGUCAGCUACGUCGAACCAAUCGUCCGCGACGACCCCUGCUGUGAAGGAGAUGGUUCCCAAAUCGUCUCCGACAUACGCCGCUCUCACGAAGCAAGGAUACACGAUUGUGGGCUCUCACUCCGGCGUCAAGAUCUGCCGCUGGACCAAGUCGGCCCUCCGCGGGCGCGGGUCCUGCUACAAGUAUUCGUUCUACGGCAUCCGGUCGCACCUGUGUAUGGAGACCACGCCGUCGCUGUCGUGCAGCAACAAAUGCGUGUUCUGCUGGCGCCACGGCACUAACCCGGUCGGCACGACGUGGCGCUGGAAGGUCGAUCCGCCGGAGAUGAUCUUCCAGGGGGUGAAAGAGGGCCACUACAAGAAGAUCAAGAUGCUGCGCGGCGUGCCCGGCAUCCGGGCGGACCGGUUCGCCGAGGCGAUGCGCAUCCGACACUGCGCGCUGAGCCUGGUGGGCGAGCCGAUCUUCUACCCCCAUAUCAACGAGUUUGUCCGGUUGCUGCACAGCGAGCAGAUCUCCAGCUUCCUGGUGUGCAACGCGCAGCACCCGGACCAGCUGGCUGCUCUGGACCGGGUGACGCAGCUGUAUGUGUCGAUCGACGCGAGCAACCGCGAGAGCCUGCGCAAGAUCGACCGGCCGCUGCAUCGCGACUUCUGGGAGCGGUUCCAGCGCUGUCUGGACAUCCUGCGGGAGAAGCGACACGUGCAGCGGACGGUGUUCCGUCUGACGCUGGUCAAGGGAUUCAACAUCGAAGACGAGAUCAGGGGAUAUGCGGAUCUGGUCGAGAAGGCGCUGCCGUGCUUUGUCGAAGUCAAGGGCGUGACGUACUGCGGCACGAGCACGAGCGCCGGAGCAGGACUGACGAUGAAGAAUGUUCCUUUCUACGAAGAGGUGGCCGCAUUUGUGGUCGCGCUGAACGACGAGCUGCAGCGACGGGGGUUGAAAUACGGCAUCGCGGCGGAGCACGCGCACAGCUGCUGCAUCCUCAUCGCGUCGGAGCGGUUCCUGGUCAACGGCCGGUGGCACACGCGGAUCAACUACGAUCGGUUCUUCGAGCUGCUGGAGCGGGAGAAGUCGAAGGGCAUCUCGUUCGGUCCGGAGGACUACAUGGCCGAGACGGAGGAGUGGGCGCUCUGGGGGAAUGGAGGGUUUGACCCGAACGACGAGCGAGUGUACAAGAAGGGACGCAACAAGACAGUGAAUCGGCAGGAAAAUGACAGCAAGUCGUGA